AUGCCGGCACCUUGCCCGUCACGCAUCGCAUCGUAUCUCACCCGACUUGGUGUCCAGGUCACCUACAGGGUGCAGGGAGGACUCCGGCAUGUGGAGCCCGCAUCCAUCGAAGCUGGGCGAGUCACCGUCGAUGGGAAGGCUGUGAAGUCCGGGCAUGUCUUGCGCGACGGCCAGCGCAUCGUCCAUCGUGCGGUGCGUUGUCGAGAGAACCCCGUCCUCGACCGUGGUCCAAUCAAGGUGGUCGCAGAGACGAAGGCGCUGCUCGUCGUGAGCAAGCCAAGCUCGUUGCCGAUCCACCCCUGUGGCAGCUACCGCUUCAACUCCCUGAUCGCUAUCUUGCGAAACCAGGGCACGGUGGAGGCAGAUGCGGCUUUGCACACGACCCACCGUUUGGACCGCCUGACCAGUGGUCUCGUUUUGCUGGCUAAGACCAAGGAGUCAGCUCGAAGAGUGGGAGCCUGGUUUGCUGCCAACCAGAUACGGAAGACGUAUCUGGCUCGUGUGCAGGGUCGUUUCGAGCAGCUCCUCAAAGGAGGCGACCUGCCGGUUGGAGCCACUUGCAAGGAUGGCCGCAUCCACGUCGCAGGCUUCAUCCGCUGCAUCGAUCGCAAGGUCGGCAGGUACGAGUUCUCUGCCGAGGCGCCAAAGGAAGCCGAGAAGGAUUCCAAGGAUGCUGCCACGGAGUUUGAGUUUGUCGGCAUGGCUUCCGAGGAUGAAUCCAUCGGAGGUGAGCAGGUCAUGAGAUACAGUUCAGCACACAAGCGUGCCUCGAUUGCUGCAGUUGGAGAGUGCGAAAAGGCGCCUGAUGUCUGA